AUGCGCGAGGCUGACACAGUGGCAUUGAAACGGGGGAGGCGUGAGAAGCUUGCCCGUGUUGUCGUGCCUGCUCCGCAUCACUUGCGCCUGCUGGAGGGCCAGGGUUGGCCAAAUGUCGAGGACUGGGGAGGUUCGGGUCCAGGUCCAGACGGGGCACGGAUCCGACACAUUCGUGGUGAUCCGAAUUACACGCGUAGUAAUGGCUUGGUGGGGCAGUCUGAGUGGUCCGAGUACUUCCCCGACUGUGGCGGCUCUUCGCAGUCCCCCGUCGACGUUGUGACCAACCAGACCAAAUACGACCCCAGUUUGACCCCUCUGACUCCGCUAGGCUACGGCCAGCACGGCAACAGACCCUUCACCCUCUACAAUAACGGACACACCGUGAUGAUCGACCUGCCAGACUGGAUGAGUCUUGGGGGUCUGCCGUGGCUUUACACAGCUGCACAGAUGCACCUCCACUGGGGCAGCGGAGGGCCCAGCCACGGAGGCAGCGAGCACACCGUCAAUGGAGUCAGUGCUGAUGCAGAGCUGCAUGUGGUGCAUUUUAACUCAGAGCUCUACCCUAACAUGUCCACGGCUAUGACCCAGAAGGAUGGCCUGGCCGUGCUCGGGAUCCUCAUAGAGACAGGUGAGGAGACCAACCAGGCGUUUAACAACAUCCUCAACUACCUGGGCCGCGUCAGACAUGCAGACCAGAAAGUCUCCAUCCCAGCCUUUGACAUCCAGUCCUUGCUUCCUACUGAUCUGGGACGCUACUUUCGCUACAACGGCUCCCUGACCACCCCCCCCUGCCACCAGACCGUCCUCUGGACAGUGCUCCACGAGAGGGUUACGAUCUCCAAGGCACAGCUGCUGAAGCUGGAGACGGUGCUGUACUCCAGCAGGGCCGAGGACGCGGAGAGGAUGCUGCUCCAGGACAACUACCGCGCCACCCAGCCGCUCAACCAGCGGGUCAUCUUCACCUCCUUCACAGCAGAAUCAGGGAAGGAGUUAACCUCCGGUGAAGUGACCGCCAUAGUGAUAGGAGUCAUGUGCGGCUGCGUGGGCCUCACGGUCAUCGUUCGCUUCAUCGUGAAGACGAUACGAUUUUUCACACACCUCCACAAUGAAACAGUCGUGGUAAACAGCUCUACUUCUAGCUGGGAUGUCCUGCCCAGUAUCCGGCCUGCCCCCAUGCCAAGGGCGAAGGAAUCGGAGAAAGAGAAGGAGCAGAAGCAGGAUCUGGCCCUCGGUUCGGCCUCCGACGGGGGAAAGAAAGACGAGCCCUCGCCGUCUCCUCAGACUGAACCCUAG